UUUUCAACAUCCAUCAGAGGCUCAUAAUAACGGAAAAAUUCAAGUAAAGCAAGAAGUCGAUUUCUCAUCAUUGACUGAAGAGGUCCUUACGAAAGAGAAAACAGGAGAAUGUUCUACUGAUAUUCAUUUUCAAAAUGAUUCGAAUUUAAACGAAGAACAAGCACUUUCACAACCAAUGGAGAUGCUUUGGUCUAACAUUUUGAAUAAUCAUUCCAUUCGCUUAUUUUCUACUGACAAUUACAAUGGCAAUUACGAAGAUCAAUUAGAUGAGGAUGCAUUUGAAGCCCCAGCUGGCGAUGCUGAUGAGGAUGUAACAAAACAUUUGGAUGACUCUAUCAUCAAUUCUGUCGUCGAGAAAGUUGCGGGCCGAUUCUCUGAGUAUAUUGAUUCAAAAUUCGAUUCGAUCAAUGAGACACUUAAAAAACUCACCAAAAGUGUUGAUGAUUUGAAGAAUUCAGUUGGUUCUAUUACAAAAGCACAACAACCCAUUCAAAAUCAUUGUCGAACUUCAGCACAAUCGCAGUUUAAUUUAGAACCAUUUGGCAAACAUCUUGCUGAAUCUUCAAGAUUAUCAACAAUUUCCCGUUCAUUAUUAAGACAAAGACUUUCGCAGCAGCAUCGCAAUUUUUCGUCUCCAACAACUUCUCAAAGUUCGAAUCAAACGAGAAUACAAAAUUCGAAUAGACGAUUUCAACUAAAUUUGCAUCCACAGAAUUCGCUAACUGAUAGUCCUCAACAACAUCAUGUAAACAAUUCUGAAAAAGAUAUUAUUACUGGACUUUCUAACAAUUCAAAACAACAUUCAACGGAUUUAACUUGUGCUAGAGAGCAAAUGCCUUCCCAAUUAAAUACUUCUUUGAAAGAUGGGUUAAAGAUGUCUAAUGACUUAUUUUCGCAGGAUCCUGGCAAAUCUCCGACAAAUUUUAAUCCAAUUAAGUUUUUAAACAAUCCAAUAAAAACAGCUCGAAAAUCGAGACAUGCAUACAGACAACGACGCCGGGAGCUGUCUUAUAAAUUUAUGAAAGAAGUUGGGAUGAUGUUGACGAUAAACGGAUGUAAAAAGUCAAUAUUUCAUUGGCGAGCUAGCGAAAUUUUCUCAGCCUGUCAAACAAAAUGUCGAGAACUUGUUGAAGCGGGAAAGCAUGUGAUGUACCGGGGUAUCGAUGUAACAGAAAAAAUCUACCGCGUUGACUGCUCGAGAGACUUGGUGAAUGGUCGACGAUGUGGUCAAAUGAUAGCAGAUUCUCUCUGGCCGCGUGGAUAUUUUCAACGAAAAAUGUUGCUGCCCAUCCUUAAAGGCGUUAAUCACAGGAGUAAGAAACGUGUGAAUGGCGUAGCAAGAAGUCCCGUUGCUGACGAUCAAUUUGAAACAUUUAAAGUAGCGUUAUUAUUACUUGGUGGGUUUCUGAUGGACGAAACAGACAGGUACAAAUGGAUGGAAACAGCACGAGAAGGUGUAAAUCAAAGAGGCUUGGACGAAUUAGCCAAUUCUAAGAGAGCGCAUUAUGAGUAUGACGGUGGUCCUUUAUUUAUAAAUGACGUAGAUAAUAAUGAAUAUGUAAACGAAACAAUGGAUGGAGCAUCAGAAGGUGAAAGAAUAAAUGAAGUUGUUAUUCUAGAAGAUGAAGACUGUGUGGAAAUGGAAACAUCUAAAUCAUUCUCAGAAUUAUCGGCAAAUCUUGAAUUUUUAAAAGAUUAUGAAACUUCAACCGUAAACAAAAUUUAA